AUGAAAUGUCCUCGUACUUCUCAAAUGAAUAACUUUCUACAGACCUUUCGAUAUUUUUUUGUCACGAUAAAAGUGUGGCGAAAAGAUAAGAAGAAGGAUGAUUAUGAUGAUUAUGAUGAUGACGGCAAACGUGGCGACGAUCUAAAUGUGACAUCCAACGAUGAUAGAUUAUCUUUGCUCAAGGGUAACGUUAGGGAAAGCAGCAUUAAUGAGAUGUUCCUUCAGCAGUCAUAUGUGGGUGGAAGGAAAUACAUGACAAAUAUUUAG